AUGUCGAAAGGAGUUCUCACCUGGAGUCUCUGCGUGACUUCCAGGGAGCCCCCAGGCUCCAGGCUGAGGCCUGUAGAAACUUCAUCCUCACAACCUGAAAACCUGCUUUUGUUUUCCUCCCAGGCUUUCGGGAAUGCCAAAACGGCUCACAACAACAAUUCCAGCCGAUUUGGGAAAUUCAUCCAGGUCAACUACCUGGAGAGCGGCAUCGUGAGAGGAGCUGUUGUCGAAAAGUACCUGCUUGAAAAGUCUCGCCUGGUCUCUCAAGAGAAGGAUGAGAGGAACUACCAUGUGUUUUAUUAUUUGUUACUUGGCGUCAGCGAGGAAGAGCGUCAGGAAUUUCAGCUCAAGCAACCUGAAGAUUACUUCUACCUCAACCAGCAUAACUUGAAGAUUGAAGAUGGGGAGGACCUCAAGCACGACUUUGAAAGACUCAAGCAGGCCAUGGAGAUGGUGGGCUUCCUCCCUGCCACCAAGAAGCAGAUCUUUUCCAUCCUCUCGGCCAUCCUGUACCUGGGCAACGUCACUUACAAGAAGAAAGCCACGGGCCGAGACGAAGGCUUGGAGGUUGGGCCCCCUGCGGCGCUGGACACACUGUCACAGCUCCUGAAGGUGAAGCGAGAAAUCUUAGUGGAAGUUCUGACCAAAAGAAAAACAGUGACCUCCAAUGACAAACUCAUCCUUCCCUAUAGUCUCAGCGAGGCCAUCACCGCCCGCGACUCCAUGGCCAAGUCACUAUACAGCGCCCUGUUCGAUUGGAUCGUGCUGCGGAUCAACCACGCCCUCCUCAACAAGAAGGACAUGGAAGAGUCCGUCUCGUGCUUGUCCAUCGGGGUCCUCGACAUCUUUGGGUUUGAAGACUUUGAGAGAAACAGUUUUGAACAGUUCUGCAUCAACUAUGCCAAUGAGCAGCUCCAGUAUUACUUCAACCAGCACAUUUUCAAACUGGAGCAGGAGGAGUACCAGAGUGAAGGGAUCUCGUGGCACAACAUCGACUACACAGACAACGUUGGCUGCAUCCAUCUGAUCAGCAAGAAACCCACCGGCCUCUUCUAUCUCCUGGAUGAAGAGAGCAACUUUCCCCACGCCACGAGCCAGACCCUGCUGGCCAAGUUCAAACAGCAGCAUGAGGACAACAGAUACUUCCUGGGCACCCCCGUCAUGGAGCCAGCGUUCAUCAUUCAGCACUUCGCAGGGAAAGUGAAAUAUCAGAUCAAGGACUUCCGGGAGAAGAACAUGGACUACAUGCGGCCGGACAUAGUGGCCCUCCUGCGGGGCAGCGACAGCUCCUACGUGCGGGAGCUCAUCGGCAUGGACCCCGUGGCCGUGUUCCGCUGGGCGGUGCUCCGGGCUGCCAUCCAGGCCAUGGCUGUGCUCCGGGAGGCUGGGCGCCUGCGGGCCGAGAGGGCUGAAAAGGCUGCAGCAGGUCUGGGCAGCUCUGGUACCCAAGGUCACCUGGGAGAGCUGCAGAGAGGAGCCAGCACCCCAUCGGAAAAACUGUACCGCUGCUCAAUGCUAGAUUUCUCAUUUGACGGCUCUGAGGAGUUCGAUAUUAACGCUUUUGAGGACAUCAUUGCUUUCUAUGAAAGCAAGAACGAUUUGCAUGACCAAAUCAUCAAGACCAUCAAAGGAUUGCCCUGGCAGGGUGACGACCCCCGUAGGCUUCUCCAGUCCCUCAGUCGGCUCCAGAAACCCCGCACCUUCAUCCUGUGAGUCCCCCCUGAGGCUGUGGGCACCCCCCGCUCCCCCACAAGUGCAACGACCGCCUCCCCGCUCCGGACCCCCCGGCCCGG